AUGACACCUUCAGGGAGGCCCGUUUCAGAGGAAGAUCGUGCCAACUAUUCUGAGUAUCACGGUGCUAAUGUCUGUGAGCGCGACUCAAUUGUCAAGGUUGAUGCAAGUUUUUCAGGGCCAUCUAAGGAGAAGGGAUUCGAGGGAUUCGAGGGAUUCGAGGAAGCGUUCAAGGACCUCGGACAGCGAGUAUCCUCUUUUCAUUCAACUGCGCCUGUAGAUUCCCUUCAAAAAAAGGUCGACGAACCAAUAGAUAGCUGGAGUGGUCUUCACCUCGAUCAUUCCGUGCUAACGGGCCUCUGUUCGGCUGUCUACUUCGCAAAGCGGAAAAUUCCCCCGGAACUGGUUAUUGUUUCCUCUCCAUCUCCAGAUUCCGGAUUGUACAUUCGGUCGAGAGGUGGCAAGUUGACAAAAGUUUAUAUUCCCACCGGAGCACCCCUUGAAAUUGCGACUGGAGGCAAAAUACGGGCGACACCCCACUGUGUUCGCGUGGGGAUGUCCCCCAAUAGCAACGUGUCGCGAGAGACCUUUGCUUUCUUCAUGCAACCAAAAACGGCCCUUUCACUCUCCCCGACAAUGACUUUUGGUCAGUUCAGUAAAAACGUGUUUGAUCAUUAUUGGGACGAUUCUACGUAA